AUGGUUGCAGAAAAUAUCAGCAGUCACAAAAUUGAAGAAAUGAGCAAUGGAACUUCGUUACAAAUAAACAAGUUUGCAAAAUUAUCAGAUGGCAUAACAGUGUUAUUAAAUUAUUUUGAGAGUUUUGAAAACUUUUCAUUUAACAUGAUGCAAAACAAGACUGAAGAGAAGGUUUUUGAGGAUAUGAAAAUGCUUUCGACGAUGCUGUUGAAAGGCCUUGACAGACUUGACAAUAUAUCUGUUUCUAUGAUGGAAAAACUUGAUUCAAUGAAUAACGAUAAAGCAGCUUCAAAAAGGAAGUCAUAUUUAUUUGAUGGAAAAUUCAGUGACUGUGAAGCUAUCCUUAAUAGCGAUGAGAAUCUUAAAAAUCAAGAUGGAGUCUACCAGAUUUAUCCCGAUUUGGUCACGCCCAAGGCAGUCUUCUGUGACAUGACGACACGAGGAGGGGGCUGGACGGUAAUACAAAAAAGGUUUGAUGGCUCUACAUAUUUUCAAGAAGAUUGGGCGGGCUACAAAGCAGGGUUUGGUAAUCCAUAUAAGGAAUACUGGCUAGGCAAUCAUGCAAUCCAUCACAUUACAAGUAGGACAAACCAGGUUCUGAGAAUAGAUUUGGAGAAAUUCACCGGUUCCUCUGUUUACGCCGUUUAUUCGAUUUUUUCAAUCAGCAGCGAAUCUGACAAGUACAAACUGUCAAUCAGUGGAUACAGCGGAAAUGCAGGAGACAUGAUGAUAAAACCUCAUAAUCUGAACGGGAUGUCUUUCUCAACCAGAAAUCGCGACAAUGAUAUGAGCAUUUACAAGAACUGUGCAGUGGUUAAUAGUAAUGGGUGGUGGUACAAUCAUUGUGGAUUCUCUGGUCUUAAUGGGAUCUACAAAUCCUCAAAUAUAAAAGCCUACAAUGGUCUGUUUUGGGGGAUAGAUUACGAAAACAUGAAGUCAAGCAGAAUGAUGAUCAGAAGCAGAGCUUAAG